CCCCAGAUAAAUCUAUUUAUUGAAAUUUUUUAUACAGAUAAAAAAGUGUCGGUGGAUUAUCACUCACUUAUUUAAAAACAAUUGUCGGUGGAGAAUAGAAGACUUGGAGACGUCUUCGCUGCGCUUAUGUUGGUCAAGUCUUCACAGGCCAGAUAAAUCUAUUUCUCUCUCAAAAGUCAAGUUCCUCACCACUUUGCUUCUAUUCAUUCUUGAACAUCGAUUGAUCAAAAACUGCUAUAUUUGAAGUCGAUCCGAUCCCAACUUCAAGUUCCCACGAAACCCAGUUAAGCUCCAACUGAUUUCUAUCUGACUUUUGCGUUUGUUUUUGCAAUUUUAAUUUUCUUACAUAUGUAGCUAUGUUUCUGUUCUGUUUAUCUUUUUUGUUGUCUUUUUCUCUGGUUAGUACUUCUGCAUCUCUGCUCAUGAUUUAUUAUUGUAAAAGAGGCACCAGUUUCUAAUUGAUCAUGGAUUUAUAUGCCGAAUUUCUUAUGAAAGUAUGGAACACACAGUAUACUUGGCACUCAUUAGUUUUAAUCAUAACUUUCGGUCAAAUAAGAUGUAUAGAGAUGUGUCAUGGAAGAGUAUAUGCAUCUGCUGCUGCUUCUAAUGUUUGACUUUAACUGUCUAUCACUCUGUCGAGGGGUUUCAGCUCAAAAUAAGAAAAAGAAGAAUUUGUUCAACUGUCUUUCAAUGAAUCAUUCUGACACCAAUCGUUUUCUCAAUUAUGUUUCUUUCUAGUUUACAAAGAGCUAGUGUUUUGUGUGUGUGUGUGUGUAUUUAGAUACCCGUACGACAGAAAGCAAAGGAAUAAAAAUCGACCACGGAAACCGUACCAGCCAAUUUUUUGUUGCUACAUAGUCAAUUACACUACUCUUGUUAGAAUGAAUAUUUUUUUUUAUGUAGUAGGGAAAUUAUUAAUCUUUUCUAGGUUUUAUGCAGUAGGGAAGAGAAAUCAGGAAACACAAAUGCAUGAUUUCUAUCUCCAAGCCUUGAAAUAGCAAGUGUUGAAAGCUUCUCGUGUUACUCAUAUCUAUAGUACUAGGACACUUGCUCUUCUACAAGUAGAAAAGUAGGUUUCGUUGGAAAUGAGCAUACAAAGAAUCUCUACAUCUUUCCCCCAUUCAACUCCUCAGUGGAAAUAUGAUGUUUUUCUGAGCUUUAGAGGCGAUGACACUCGCAAGGCUUUUACAGACCACUUAUACACUGCAUUGGAACAUCAAGGAAUCAUAACUUUCAGGGACGAUCCUGAACUUCAAAAAGGGGAAGCUAUUUCUUCAGCACUUUUUGCUGCAAUUGAAGAAUCUAGAUUUGCUCUCAUUGUUAUCUCACAAAAUUAUGCAUCGUCAACAUGGUGCUUGGAUGAACUAGUGAGAAUUCUUGAAUGCAUGGAAGCAAAAGGAACUGUGCUGCCAAUUUUCUAUGAUGUUGAUCCUUCUGAUGUACGAAAGCAAACAGGGAGUUUUAAAGGAGCCUUUGCAUAUCAUGAAGAAAGGUUUAAGGAUGACAAAGAGAAAGUGCAGAGGUGGAGAUCUGCAUUAACAGAAGUGGCAAGUUUCUCUGGGUGGAAUUCAAAGGAAUGGUAUGAAUCACAUCUCAUUAGAGAUAUUAUUGAAGUUAUAUGGAGAAGAUUACAACCUAUAUCAUUCAGUUAUGCAGAAAAUCUAGUUGGAAUUUACUCAAGAUUGCAGCCAGUCAAUGUCCUUUUAGAUGUAGGGGUGGAUGAUGUCCGCUUCAUUGGUAUAUGGGGAAUGGGCGGGAUUGGUAAGACUACUAUGGUAAGAGCAGUGUAUGAGAGAAUCUCUCGUGAAUUUCAAUUCAGUUUCCUUCUUACCGAUGUUAGAAACUCUGUUGAAAAAAGUGGUCUACUUAAUUUACAAAAGCAACUUCUCUCUGAGAUUUGGACAAAGAAGGCCAACAUAUCAGACCUUCAUGAAGGAGCCAUGAUUAUAAGGAGGUUGUUAGGUGACAAAAGAGUUCUUCUCAUUCUUGAUGAUGUGAACCAUCCAAGUCAUUUAGAAUAUUUGGCAGGAGAUCCAGAGUGGUUUGGUUCAGGGAGUAGAGUUCUUAUCACAACUAGAAAUGAGCAUUUGUUGAUUGGACAUGGAGUGGAAAGAAGAUUGAAGGUCAAAGAAUUAAAUGAUGCUGAUUCUCUUGAGCUUUUUAGCCGGAAAGCAUUCAAAAGAGUUUACCCUGAAAAAGAUUUUCUUGCUUUGUCUAUAUCUGUUAUAAAUUAUGCCAAAGGUCUUCCUUUAGCUCUCAAAGUACUGGGUUCUUUUUUGUAUGGAAGGGAUCUAAGUGAAUGGGACAGUACACUGGGAAAACUAGGAAGAGUUUGUAAGUUGGAAAUUUUUGACAUACUUAAAAUAAGUUACGAGGAUCUAGAUCUUGAAGAGAAGAAAAUAUUUCUAGAUAUUGCAUGUUUCUUUAGUGGACAGGACAAAGAUCAAGUAACAAAAGCAUUAGCCAGUUGCGGUUUCUCUUCAAUUAUUGGAAUAAAAGUCCUCAUUGAAAGAUCCCUCCUAAAUCUUUCAGAUGGAAGACUAUGGAUGCAUGAUUUGCUCAGAGAAAUGGGUCAUGAAAUUAUCCGCCUGGAAUCUCCUAAUGAGCCGGGCAGGUGUAGUCGGUUGUGGCUUCUUGAAGACGUCAAACAUGUCUUGACCCAAAAUACUGGAACUGAAGCAAUAGAAGGCAUAUUGGUGGACUCAACCGAGUUAGGAGUAGGCGUGGACGUGGCUCCGAAAUCAUUUUUAAUGAUGAACAAAUUGAGAUACUUGAAGAUCAAGAAUGGGAACCUGCCUAAGGGACUUGAUUAUCUUCCCAAUAGUUUACGGAUUCUUGAUUGGACGAGGUAUCCAUUAAAAUCUUUGCCAUCACAUUUCAACCCUCAGAAGCUACAGGAACUAAGCUUGUCUCAUAGUUGUAUUAAACAUUUUUGGAUAGGAACAGAGCCUUUACACAAUCUGAAAACCAUUAAUCUGAGUCACUCCCUGAAUCUUGUCAACAUCCCAAACUUUAAAGGGAUGCCAUAUCUCGAGUUUCUGUUUCUUGAAGGUUGUAUAAGAUUGUAUGAGGUUGACCCAGGAAUUGGAGUGCUUGAAAGACUUAUUGUACUGAACUUGAAACAUUGCGAGAAUCUUGUGCGUCUUCCAAGCAAUGUAGGUGGCUUAAGAUCUCUCAAAGAUCUAAAUCUUUCUGGUUGCUCAAAGCUUGACAAAUUGCCAGAUGAGUUGGGUCAUGUUGUCUCUUUGGAGAAGCUUGAUGUGAGUGGAAGUGGCAUAAGAGAACUGCCCUCCUCUAUUGGUCUUUUGAAAAACCUCAAAGUAUUCUCUCUUGCUGGAUGUAAAGCAGCGUCACUUAAAUCAUGGAAUAUGAUGUUCAACCCCUUUCAGUUAUUGCGAAAAAGAAGUCACAUUCCGACAGCAUUGUCGUUGCCGUGUUUGUCUGGUUUGCAUUCAUUAACCGAACUGAAUCUCAGUGACUGCAAUCUUUCUGAAUUGCCCAGUGAUUUUGGAUGCUUGUCUUCAUUAAGAGAUUUAGAUCUCAGUAGAAAUCAAUUCAUUAGACUACCCGAGAGCAUCGGCCAACUCCCUAGACUUGGAGGACUUGAUUUGACUCGUUGCGGCAAACUUCGGACAUUACCAAUGCUUCCAUCUAGACUCGAUGCACUCAAGUUAAAUUGGUGCGGCAAACUCCGGACAUUACCAGAGCUUCCAUCUCAAAUAAUAGUAAGCGCUGACAACUGCAUUUCAUUAGAAACAUUGGCCAAUCAAAUGGGACAAUGCAAUUCGAUGGAAAGUGGAUAUUUUGUUAACUGUUUCAAAAUGGUGGAGAAUGAAAGCUGUCAGAGUGUGGCACUUCCAUUGCUAACACGAUACCUUAAGAGUGAAGCAUCUUGUGACCGUACAAUGCAAUUCGGUGCAAAGUGGAAAUUUGACUUUGUUGCUCCCGGAAAUGAAAUUCCAGAGUGGUACAAUCACCAAACUGUGGGGUCUUCGAUAACUGUAGAGCUGCAUCCAGGUUGGUUUAGUGACAAGUUUAUGGGAUUUGCCUCCUGUGUCGUUUUUAGACUCCUCAAACCUUUGGUUCGGUGGUCCGUUUAUUGCACACUGAGGGCCAAUGGUAAAGACACUCCCUGCUCAUCAUAUGUAUCGUUUGGGGGAAAGUGGGGUCAACCUGUGUCAGAUCACAUUUGGUUGUUGUAUGCGCCCCGUGAUGGAUGCUUCUUUAUAAAUGAGUGGCAGGAUAUUUACUAUCAGCUUGUAUUCUCAUUUCAACCCCGCGGGUCUGGACAAAUAAUGAAUGAGGAAAUUGUGCAAGUGAAGAAGUGUGGGGUCCGUAUGGUAUAUGAGGAAGAUGUAGAGGAGCUUUGGGAAACAUUAUUGAAGCAGAGCAUUAUUGGUAUUAAUACCAAGCGAUGCCUUCAAUACGAUGAUGAGGAUGAAGCAUCUAGUAGUGCAAGCCAGGCUCUUCCAAAAAGAAUUAAGCAACUCCCCCUUGACAGCGCAGAACCCAGUGGAACCCCUUAUAUUCAUGACCAGAAACAUGGUUAAUGCAUUUUGUUUUUUCUGUGAAAAAGAAGGGAAAACUUGAUUGUAAAAUUAUGGUUUAUGCCGGUGGUGGCUUGAUGAAGCACCAAUAUAUAGUUAGUCCAAAAUUUUGGAUGUCUCUUUUAUUUCAUUGCUAUAUAUUAUGAAAAAUAAAUUUAUAUAGAAUUAGUAAUUACGAUAAACAAAAAAAAACUAUUCAUCUUACUUUAUAAGAAUGAUAAGGAGGACCGAUCAAAUUUU